AUGUCUAAGAAAGAUAAGCAGGUGAGUAAAAAAGGUAGCACCAGCAAAGCCAGUGAAAAGAAAGACAAUAGUAAAAACAGCAAAAAGGAAGAAUCAAAGAAAGAAGAAAGUAAGAAGGAAGAGUCAAAGAAAGAUGAAAGCAAGAAAGAAGAAUCCAAGAAAGAAGAAUCCAAGAAGGAUGAAAGUAAAAAAGAAGAUAGCAAGAAAGAAGAAUCAAAGAAAGAUGAAAGUAAAAAGGAAGAUGGCAAAGAUGGAAAAGCCGAUUCAACUAAAGAUGAGAAAAAGGAUAAGGAUGGCAAAUCCGAGGCACCAAAAGAUGACAAAAAAGAGGAAGGAGCCAAAAGUGAAACAGCCAAAUCGACUAGCAAUGCCACUCCUGAGCAGAUCAAGAAGAACCAGGAGAUGUUGGAGAAGGUCUACAAGCUGAUGGAAACAUUGAAACCAGACCAGGUGACACGUGGCUCCAAAGACGAUCUCCGAGUCGUUCAACAGCUUAUCAAGAAUAUCACUUUUCGUGACUAUGGCGAGAAAUCUCGAGUUCGUGAAGUCGAACUUAAUGAUAAGCAGAAGGAGGUCAUAAAGGUGGUCAGUGGCUCAGCGUGCAACAGCGUAGUGGACGUCGUUAACGUGACAAUGACGGAAGGAGAAGAAGGCAAAAGCAUCAGUGGAGAUAAAAUCAACUUUCCGUUUGAGAAGCUUGAAUUUGUCAAGACAAAGUGA